AUGGAUGUCUUUCGCGCCUACACACUGAGUACCUCGGCAUACCUAGCAGUGCAAUCGCUGCCUCUCGUCCUCACGCCUAGGAUCAUCGUCUCCCUCCUAGCCAGCGAACCACGCACAUCCACAGACCUCGAGUCUUACCUCUCACGAAGCCUCGGCUUCGCACUUCUUACGCUCGCCGUCAUCAUCGUGCUCCUCACAGGCAUCCUACCAGUUUCUUCGCAGAUAGCUGCUGUGCAGGAAGAAGACAGUGAUGGGGGCAUCAAGGAUCCCUACGCAUACCCGACACUCAUCACUACAACAGUGUACCACGCGACCAGCGCAUUCUACCUCUACACGCAGGUCGCCUAUGGGUUCACGUUCGGCUUCGGCGUUGGCUUGAUCGCAAGCGCCGGCUUGUUCUUUCUAGGAGUGUGGGUGUUGCUCUUCGGUAGUGAGAAGGGGAGGAUCAGCAAAAGGACUGGAGCGGACAAGAGGACCAGCAACUUUCCGUUUGAGAACAAAGAGAGCUCAAGAGAGAAGAAGAAGGAGAGCAAGAGGAAGAGCAUGUCGAGCAAGUCGAGAUGA